CAUCAAAGACAUCCAUUCCAUCGCAUCAGUCAAUGGACCGGAUCAUUUUUUCAAGAAACUUCACUCAUUAAAGUUGGCCUGCACAUUCACCUUUCUCACGACAGCACUCCAUGUCCCAGCAGCACCGAUGACUCAUCAGACUUCUUUCAGUGGUCAGAUACUGAUGACAAUAUAGAUGACGAUUAUCUGGAGGGACCUUUCAUUCAACCAGUCAGAGACCCAGAUCAUCCGGCAAUAACUGUAGUAGACAAGUCCGGCAUUCACUCCCUUUCCAUAUGUUAUUGCCAAUGCCCCGGUGCUCUCAGCCGAGACAUGCAGCUCUUUCAAGCAGGCUUGUUCCCGGCGUCUUUCACAAGACCAAAAACUGCAUUCACAUUUGCUGUCUUGGACGACUUUCUGUUAGACAACCUCGAGUGCAGUGUAGAGACUCGUGCCUCACAU